AUGUCUGGAGUGGAGGAUAUCCAGACUGGCCGAAAAAACCACAAGGCUCCAUACACACCUCACAACCCGAUCCCUACCGUACAGAAGUAUCGCCAGGAGAAGGAGGAGCGCGAGGCUAAAUAUCCAGCGCCUGAUGAUCGGAAAGAAAGCGACGAUAGGAGCAGACUAGAGCGCAUCGGUGACGCCUACACCACGCUCCGACAUGGCAAAGAAGCCGCGAAUCCCAACGAGAACACACAGCCGUACCAGGCCGAGAACAAGAAUUUGGGACACGAUGACGAUAUCGCAGAAGAACAUGCCGGAAAAUUAGAAGAACAGAAGGACCCAGAAAUCAAGGGGGAAGAGGAAGAACAGGCGAAAGAUACUACCGAGGGCCACCUGCAUGAGUCAGAUCCCAAGAAAGCACGAAAACAAAUGAAGAAGUUCUCCGCAGAUGGCACCGAACGAGAAGUCACAGACCCUGUGACACAUUUGCCAGUCACAAUUCACGACUAUACGGACAAGGAUUUGAAGAAGACCCCUAAGAAUGGGCCACCUGCGGGCUCGGAAGCACAAUCAGCUACUGGAGGGCAUGCGAAGAACAAGAGCGACGAGCAACUGUCUCAAGAGGGCAUUGACGGCCAGGAUACACAUUCAGAAAUGGACAAACUAUUUCCUCCUCCAGACUUUCAGAUGACAAGAGAUGGUAUCACCGAUGUAUAUCGAAAGGCAAUGACAGCAGGUCUGGGUAUCGUCAGUGUCAGUUUGACACUUGUGGUUGCGUUGUUUCAGGUUACACGUAACAGUUCAGGAUGGUCACGAGCUUUCUUCACCUUCGUGGAGGUGGCAGUCAGCCUGGGAGUUUCCGCAGCAGUCAUUAUUGGUAUGCGUCAAUGGACCGAAAACAAGAUCAAGAAUGUCUGGGAGACCGAAGUCUGGCAAGCUGAGCGACAACGCGGGAAGGAAUUGUCCAAAAGCUCCACCGCUGAAAGCGCACAGUGGUUGAAUUCUCUACUUGCUUCUGUCUGGCCAUUGAUCAACCCAGAUCUCUUUACUUCAGUAUCUGACACUCUAGAGGACGUCAUGCAAGCUAGUUUGCCAAAGAUGGUUCGAAUGGUCAGUGUCGAUGACAUUGGUCAAGGAAGUGAGGCUCUUCGCAUACUAGGUGUUCGCUGGCUUCCUACCGGAGCCGCUGCUAGGACUGUAUCUGAAGACGGUUCCCUGAAGCCUGUCAACAAGGAGAAGAACGAUCGUUCGGUGCCCGGGGAAGGCCAAGUUGAUGAGAGCUCAGAGAACAAGCAAGAUGAAGUGGGCGAGAACGAACAAAGUAUUGAUAACAUUGCCCAAGGAAUGGAAGCGGAGGAAGGCGAUUUCGUCAAUGUGGAAAUUGCUUUUGCUUACCGACCUUCGACAGGAAGACGUGGCAUGAAAGAGCGAGCAAAGAACGCUCACCUGUAUUUGGCCUUCUACAUGCCUGCAAACGUUAAACUACCUGUUUGGGUUGAGUUGCACGGGAUCGUAGGAACUGUACGGCUCCGAUUGCAGCUAACUCCGGAUCCUCCAUUCUUUUCGCUCUGUACCAUGACCUUCCUUGGCCAACCAAAGGUCAAUCUUUCAUGCAUUCCCUUGAUCAAGCAGGGUCCAAACUUGAUGGAUGUUCCACUCAUUUCACAUUUCGUUCAAUCGUCCGUGGAUGCAGCAAUGGCCGAGUAUGUGGCUCCCAAGUCACUCACACUCGACUUGAAGGACAUGCUUGUAGGCGACGACUUCAAGAAAGAUACGAACGCGAGGGGCGUCCUGGUUGUCACGAUUCGGCGAGCCUUUGACUUCAAGGAGGGCGAUGCUGGGCUGGGACCCAUCAAACAAGGCUCUGCAGAUCCAUAUGUGAGCGUGGGGUGGGCGAAAUUCGGAAAACCCCUUUGGUCUACUCGGGUCUUGCAGAAAAAUAUGAACCCUGUUUGGGAGGAAACAUGCUUCGUUCUUGUUACCCCAGAAGAGUUGAAUGUGGACGAACGUCUCAGAGUACAGCUAUGGGACUCUGACCGGACUACCGCGGAUGAUGAUCUCGGUCGCAUAGAACUAGAUCUGAAGGGCUUAAUGAAAGGACACGAGACUAAUGGCAAAAUUCAAGAACGGGAAGACGGCUUCAAGGCUUUAAAGAAAGGAGAGGGUAUGCCUGGAAAACUGAAAUGGAGUGUAGGCUAUUUCUCGAAGACAAGGAUCACCGAAGAUCAGCUGGCGGCGCAAGAUGAAGAUCCCGAUAUCAAGACAAUCGAUCAGCUCAAGAAGAAGGUUCAUGAACAGAGUGAGAAUAAACUUCGCGAAGCUAGCAAGGACGAGAGCGACGAGAUUGAGCAGCAGAAAGCUCAAGAUUUCAAGGCACGACAGGAUGAGCUCAUCAUAGCGUCGCCUCCGCCACAGGACUACCCCAGUGGUAUUCUUAGCGUCCAAAUCCAUCAGAUCACAGGCCUCGAACUGGAGGCUGUCAACAAAAAGAAGGCAGACAAAAAUGGGGCCGCAAGCGACGAGGAAGAAGAGGGCGACGACUUGCCGUCUUCAUAUUGCACCAUCAUCUUGAACCACCAAAAGGUUUUCAAAACAAGGACCAAGCCGAAGAAUUCGAAGCCGUUCUUUAAUGCUGGUUGUGAACGCUUCAUUCGAGACUACCGCAAUACUGAAGUGCAUAUCUCUGUUCGAGAUGCCCGCGUUCAUGAAGACGAUCCCUUGCUGGGAAUCGUUUAUCUACCUCUCUCCAGAAUACUUCAGAGUCGCAGUCAGAUCGAUGCCAAUUAUCCGCUUUCGGGUGGCUUGGGAUACGGACGCGCCCGGAUAUCGAUCGUCUUCCGCUCUGUCCAGCUCCAGGCUCCUCGGAACCUACUAGGUUGGGAAUAUGGCACACUGGACAUCAAGCCCGUUGUCAAAGCGAUCGAUGUCCCCGAAGAUAUUAAGAAUAUGAGAAUGAAGAUUCGAACUACCAUUUCUCGAUCCAAACUGCAAUCCGGCACUGAAGAUGGCAAGUUGAACGAAGAAGAUGGCCACGUCGUUUGGAAAACGAAAAAGGAUAGGCCUAUUCGUUUGCCCGUCCGUAAACGCUAUGGUUCACCGCUUGUCGUCGAGUUUCGUAAGGACUCUGCCCUCAGGGACCGCACUCCUGCUUUUAGCAUCCUUUGGCUCAAGGACAUUCCUGACAACGAAGAACAAACCGUCCGGCUUUCGGUGUGGAAAGGCGACCUGGACCGCGCACAACACAACGCCAUCGAGGAACCGGGUGAGAAGAUUGGUGAAAUCGAACUCAUCCUCACCUUCUGGAGCGGCCUGUCCGGUUACCACCAAGGACUUGCGAAGAAAGACCGCAACCUCGCCAACGUAAUGGAGGUCCUCGACAUUUGCAACGACAAUGACGAGGGCGACUGGGACGAUGGCGAAGGGGAUGGGGGUGGCUCGUCAUCCUCAUCGUCCGAUUCCGAUUCCGACUUCGUCCCCUCCUUCAUCAAGAGGAAGACCGGUAGUAGCCUGGAUGAAGAUGGCAAACGCGACACCGUAGAUCAGAUCAAGGACUACAAACAGCACGCCAAACAACUGCACAGACGGAACAGAGGUGCCAUGCAGUGGAAAGGCCCGAGGACGGUGGCAUGGAUGAAACACCUGGCCGAACGGGGCCAGAACAAGGUUGAGAACGUCUUCAAGCACGACACCAAAGGUGUUGGAAUUGAGACGGAAGUCUAA